AUGUCUCAUCAAGUAAACGUUCACUUUCGUCACAUCCCCGUUAGCCCAAUCCAGAAUAUUCUCAAACCGGCUUCGAGAAUCAUUAACCUCAACCCAACGCGAAAAGUUUUAAAGAUAGGAAGAGCUUCGAAGAGUCCUAGCAAAGGCCUCCAAGGUGCUACUAAUAAUGCUUGGUUUGAUAGUCCUGUUAUGUCUAGAGAACAUGCGGAAAUUGUCUAUCGUCCAUCCGACGAUACUAUCCAAAUUCGAGAUGUGGGUUCCAUGCAUGGUACUUUUGUGAAUGGAGAGAAAUUGGGUGAUGGUUUCAGACGUCUCAACAUAGGUGCUGAAGUUGUCUUCGGUGUUGAGGUCAGACGCGGUAUGGUCAUGUUUCCAGCUUGUCAUUUUGUAGUUAAAUAUGCAGUAAUUCCGUGGAAGAAAUCCAACACCUAUGCUGUCCCCGAUUCCUCCGAAAAUGAAGACGACGACUAUCAAUACAGUGACGAGGUCGUAUUCGAAAGAGCUCAUAGUCAGGAUGCCGCAUCUAUCGAAAUGACUCGCUCUAGCCCCGCAGCAUCUAAAUCGAUUGAUGCUAUCGAUCUGACUUUGGACGAUACCCCUAGCCCUAGACUUAAGCCUACUGAACCUUCCUGCAUUUUGACAACCGAAAAACUCGAGGAAGAAAAACUAGCUCCCAAGUCGCCCGUUCUGGCUGUCAUGGAUCGUCGCCCCUCUAUGGCAGAAUCGCACACAACAAUCCAAGAACUUGGCCAUUCGCGAAACUUCACGCCCGAAUACGAGAGCGAUGAUAAUGAAGAAGGCAUGCUUUCAUCGUUGUGUGACUAUAAUUCGGAGAACGUGUCUACUGAUGAUGAAGAAGAUUCAGAUAAAUCAGAGGGAUCAGAGGGAAGCAUCUUGGGUAACAAUAUUCGUGCAACACUCGAUGAGAACCCUUCUCAUGUUCUCUCUUCGCCCUGUGCAUCUUCUCCGGGUUCUCCCCUUAUCGUUCCUCAAACUCCACCAACCCGAUUCGAGAAUGCGCAUAUUCCUGAAUCUCAUGUCAGGACACAAAUUCAUCCUUCCCAGAAGGCUCAAGUUCUUGGUAGCUGUGGUAGUGAUGAAGAAGAACAAACCGACGAUGAUGGAAGCGUAGGACUUUCCGAAGCGGAAAACGAAGGCCUACAAACCUUAAUUACAGAUGGUUUACUCGAGAACAAGCCAGCCAAGCAUUCCUUCCACUCUGACAGCCUUAUGACUGGAGAUAUAUGGUCCAAUAGGUAUCCUUCAUCUUACAAGUUUGAAUCAAACCUCGAGUUUCCUACUCCUCUUGCUCCCCCGUCAAGGUUAAGUUGGCAUUCUGAACGGGAAGCUAGUCCUUCGGCGGUAGCAAUGGUUAAAGCACCCGAAUUAUCUAAUAUGACCGAAAAUCCUCUUGAUCAAACUUCCGAGACCUCAUGGAAUCCCUUAUUGAAGAGAGAAAUAUGUACCAAAGCCUUGGGCGAUAAGACUGGCAAGCAUGCUUUCUUCGAGGCUAGAGAAGAUAACAAGAUACAACUACAAGCCCUUGCCGAUGACAAUGAAAGUAUUCAAAAUUUUCGCCUAUCAUCGUUCACAAAACCGAUUCGAGGUGUCAGAUUCGCACAACCCUUGGCUCAAUUCGUACAACCAGUACAACCAGUACAACCAGUACAACCAGUAAAAGCCAUGAAAUGUAGCAAUGAACAUGAUCAUGGUUUCAUGCUUAAUGAUUAUCAUUCUCCUGUUCCAAAGAGUCAAUUCCAUCAACAGACUGCUUCAUCUCCUCCUUACUUGAUUGGAUCUGCAGAAGAACGACAUUCCAUCCAUCCGUAUUACUUCAGCUCAGAUGCCUCGUCAGGAGCUCCAGACAGUCCAAUUUUGGAAAGACACCCCGCUAGAUCUGGUCUUCGUAUUGAUGAUAUUAUUGAUGGUGCUUCAACAGGCAGAUCGUCCAAGAGAAAGGCGGAUGAAAUUUCCGAUGACGACGUUCACAGAGAACCCUCCAACGCUGUCACAAAUGACGUUCGGAAGAACGAACUUCGAGAUUGGGAUUCUUCAGUUGUGGCAGUUGAUAACUCUACAACAUUAACAGAAGCCGUAUUUGAGCAUGCACGCCAAUUGUCUACAUCUCAAGUUCUUCCUUCCAUGUCGGCCACUGUAACUAUCGAAAGUCGACCAAUCAAGAGACUCAAGAUGAAGAAGUUCGCCGAGGCUGUAGGAUUCUUUACUCUCGGAGGAAUCGCUGUUGGCGCUAGUUUAUUCUCGGCUCUCGUAGCAACAGCUCCAGAUUUUUACCAAUUAUGA